GGCGAGUUUGAAACUGCUGGCACUCGGCCUCUAAUCUCCGGGAGUCGCUGCGUCUGCAGUCCGGAACUGCGGUGUGGUCGCCGCGGGGACAGAGAGGGUCCGUCGUAACCUGUCGAGUAACUAUGGAAGACUAUAUCAAAAUAGAGAAAAUCGGAGAAGGUACUUAUGGUGUAGUGUAUAAGGGCAGACACAGAACUACGGGCCAGAUAGUGGCCAUGAAGAAAAUCAGACUUGAAAGCGAGGAAGAAGGAGUGCCCAGCACUGCAAUUCGGGAAAUCUCUCUCUUAAAAGAACUUCGACAUCCAAACAUAGUCAGCCUGCAGGACGUACUCAUGCAGGACUCCAGGCUGUACCUCAUCUUUGAGUUCCUGUCCAUGGACCUCAAGAAGUACCUGGACUCCAUCCCUCCUGGUCAGUUCAUGGAUGCUUCGCUCGUUAAGAGCUACUUGUACCAAAUCCUCCAGGGAAUUGUUUUUUGUCACUCCCGAAGAGUUCUUCACAGAGACUUGAAACCUCAAAAUCUAUUGAUUGAUGACAAAGGAACAAUCAAACUGGCUGAUUUCGGCCUGGCCAGAGCGUUUGGAAUACCGAUAAGAGUGUACACACAUGAGGUAGUGACGCUGUGGUACCGAUCUCCAGAAGUGUUGCUGGGCUCAGCUCGCUACUCCACGCCGGUUGACAUCUGGAGUAUAGGGACCAUAUUUGCAGAACUGGCAACCAAGAAGCCGCUUUUCCACGGGGACUCGGAGAUUGAUCAGCUCUUCAGGAUCUUCAGAGCUCUGGGCACACCUAACAAUGAAGUGUGGCCAGAAGUCGAGUCCCUGCAGGACUACAAGAACACGUUUCCCAAGUGGAAGCCAGGGAGCCUCGCCUCCCACGUCAAGAACCUGGAUGAAAACGGCUUGGAUUUGCUCUCAAAAAUGCUAGUGUAUGAUCCUGCCAAACGAAUCUCUGGCAAAAUGGCCCUCAAGCACCCGUACUUCGAUGACUUGGACAAUCAGAUUAAGAAGAUGUAGCUCUCUGGAAGACCCUGUCUGCGUGGCAGGGGAAGCAUUUACUGUUGGCUCUCUUCCUGUCUUGUAUAGUUUUCUUUUCUUUGUUUGUAAACCAUCUGGACUUUUCCUAAUUUCCUACAUAUAACUUAAUUAACAUGUAAAUAUUAUUCCAUGUGAAUUUAAAUAUAAUUCUGUAUAUGUGUAGAUGUCA